AGCUCCAACGCAUGUCCGUCCGUCCCCCCUUUGGAAGCUCUCCCUCUCCCUCCACCUCAAGCCCCAGGCCUGGGGCAGCCGGGUGCCUCGGUGCAAGGUAGGUGUGACCCAAACCUAAGGCAACACGACAGGACAUGCGCCUUGACUCUGUGAGGACUUCCCCUCAGCUGAACAUGAAUUCGGCCUCAACAGGAUCGGCCUUCCGGCACCCUGUUGGUGCUUCUCAAAAUGGUGUCCCGGCUGUUUGGUCGGCCGGUAGCUCCCAGGAUCGGCAGGCAGGUACCUGACGGGCCCGAUACCCGUACCCUGAACAAGGGCCGCUGGAGUGUAAUAUAAUACGGAGUAAGUGCAGUGCAGUGCAGUGCAGCGGGGGACCCUGACAACCUGAGAACUCACUCGGGACUCGAUCAUGAAACCUGACGACUGGGGAGCCCGCAAGUUCCCACCAGUCGGCCAGGAGCCAGGGAUCCCACCGUCCAGGCCAUCCAGCAUCUGCUACGCAGCAAUACCACCUCCGUCUAAACCUUCCCCGGACGCCCACACGCUCAACCCAAAACGGGUGCCACCUGCUCUGAGGAUCUGCAAAGAAUGCACGCCACGCCCCAUCACACCACUCAACCGAGGCGUGACGCUUCUGACAUGGCUCGACGCCUCUACCCGCAUGUUUCAAGUCCCCAAAGUCUAUAUGGAACACUUGCAACAACGAUCUACACGUACUCGCCUGUCUCCAGGUAAAUGACACCAGAAUGGGUAUAUAUAUGCAUGGCCUUGGCCCUUUGCAAGCAUUGGAGGUUGUUCGUGUCUGGAAACCACGUUCAUCACGCGUGCACGCCCUCCCACCCGUGGACUUGAACUUCGUCAAAUGUCCCCUUUGCGGGCCUCAAGCUCAACCUGAUGGCUACAUUUCCAGUCCUACAACCUUCUGCCGCGGCCACGGCCAAGCCAUCAUCAGGCCCGCCCCCGAAGCGGGCCGAUGACUUCGGCUUGCUCAUAUAUGACAGAUAUACCAAUAUCUUCGAGGCAGUACCGCCCUCGCGCAUUCCCGACGACAGCGUCCGUAUCGGACCAGAUGAAGUCCUCUUCCUGAUCGAGGCGCCGCUGAACUCGGUCGAGCUGUACGAGGCCCUGCUCAAGCCGCUCAAGCCCUUCGAGGUGCACACCACACGCCUCAUCCCGCGCAAGACCCGUGCCUAUGAGGCAAGACGGCAACUGGUCGACGAGUAUUUGACGGGGCAGGGGAGGCUAUCCGGCAAGGGCCCCGCCGCCGAGCGCGAGGUAUCAUUCAUCGUCUUGCCCAGGGAUUCCGUAUGGCAACUUCAAAUGUUCAACCGCUUCCUCUGGCCCGUACAACUGCAAUACAUGUCGCUUCCCGUCCGCAUGUCCGACCAGAAGACAGUCAGGAGCCCUUACGCGCUGGUCUGCUACCAGGCGCACAGGGUCUACCACAAGAAGCUCAAGGCGCUGCUGAAGGACUACAAGCUGAGCAACUGCGGCUUUGAGAGGAGCUUACUAAAUCCAGGCGCGCCGCCGCUGCCCGAGACGCUGCGAGAGUAUAUGGAUGGAGAGCCAGGAAAGGAUGCGGCCACACCCUAUUACAGGGCAGAAGCUGGGGCGGGUCUGGAAGGGCGGCCGUCUAGGCUGCGCAGUGUGACCUCGACCAUGUCUCUGCGGAGGGCAGUCAGCAGAGUGGCGUUGCGGAGAAGCCAGUCGGUCGCCUCGAUUGCGAGUCACGGUUGAAUUUGCCACGGGGUCGGACCACCAUGUCCAAGCAAGUGCCUUGACUGUGGGAAACGUUCUGGGUUGCGAGCAGGCCAUCGAUGAAACGAAAAAUCAAGUGAUAUAUCGCGAACAUCUAUCUGUACGUGCCAAGACUGUGACAGUAGCAACGGCUGCCCCUCUCAGGCAGAGCGAGGUGUUUGAACUUUGGUGUGGCCAACUUUCGAGAACACAUCCCGUCCACCAAUGCAACCCGCAAAAUGAUGUGAAGCAUGCCUGAUGCUUGAACACCCUGGUACUUUUGCUUCCAUUGGAAGCGCCAUCCCAUCUUUCAAAGUCCCUUAAACUUCAGCUGUUCCAUGGUACCUCUUCAUGAGAUCUUGCUAUUCCAGGAAACACACUUACAUAGCUAGGUAUGCAUACUUUCC